GCGGAAGCAAGUAAAUACUUCAUAACGAACAAGGGUCUCAUUUCUUGCUAAGAGUUUUCAACAGCGACAGAACAGCAGGCAGAAAGUAGAAUAGCUUCUUCCUGCUUGUUCAUUCGGACCAUUUGCGUCACCCUGAGAUUGAUUUACGGCCAGAAUCAACAGAUGCCAACAUGGUCUCUUUAAUUCAUACAAUUCGAGAUCAUACAGACGAGAUCAGCUGCUGUGCCUUCUCUCCGUCUGCUCUGGCGACCGGAUCAGCUGAUAAAACUCUCCGGGUGUACAGCACGGCGGACUUUAAGGAGUUUCCCUUCUCUCCUCUGACGGGUCACGGCUACGGGGUUCACCGAUGCUGCUUCAGCUCCUGCGGCAGCUACCUGCUAAGCUGCUCCACGGACGGCUCCGUCAUAGUUUGGAGCUCGGAGACAGGUGAGCUACUCUCGGCGGUGGAGCACCCGGGCCGCAGCCCGCUCCGAGUCUGCGCGUUGGCGCCGGACUCCUGCCUCCUGCUGGCGGGUGCCUGUGAUGGCACCGUGGCCCUCUGGGACUUCCCUUCCAAGACACUGCGCAGAUGUGCUGCAGCAAGUGAAGCCAGCAUUGUGGCCUGCAGUUUCUCUCCCUGCUCUCAGGUUUUUGUGACCGGCUGUACCCAGGGAGACCUCAAACUCUGGGAUGAUCACAUCAGCCUUCUGCUUGCUCAGAAAGACGCACAUGAUUUGGGCGUCACCUGCUGCAGCUUCGCACCUCACUUCAAAAUUGAAGACUCCUGUAUGGAGCUUCGACUGGCCUCCUGUGGAAAGGACAGUCUUCUGAAAAUAUGGAUUGUUUCUCAGCGUGAGGGAGCAGUGUGGACCAUGAUGCUUCUUCACAUUCUCACUGGUCAAACGGCUCCAGUUCUGUCCUGCGCUUUCUCUGCUGAUGGAGAGCUGGUGGUCUCUGGAUCGGUGGAUAAAAGUGUAACAAUAUACAAUGCCAACCUGGGAACCCUGCUCCACAUUUUGAAGCAACAUGACAGAUAUGUGACAGCGGUCGCUCUGUCUCCUGCCUAUGGCCUGAUGGCAACUGGCUCAAUGGACAGAUCAGUAAAUGUGUGGAAGAUUGGAGGAGAUGGAUAUGAAGAAACUGGUAAAUACUGUUGCACGGCUGAAUCACAGCAGGUGCCAUGUCAAGGAAGGAAACUGCCAGGUCACUCCAGGUUGCUGCUUGCUGAUUGGACAGAGGAGGAUGUGCAAAGCUGGCUGUGCGAAGAAAGACUGGAUGAGCUCGUCAUGAUUUUUAAAGCCAACAAUAUUGAUGGGUCAGAGGUGAACCACAUGAGCAAGGAGACUGUGGCUGAACUGGGAAUAGAGUCUGUAGGUCUUCGUGGACGUCUCCUGAGGAAAAUUGAGGCCCUGAAGGCAGAGCAGAGCGGCUCAGAAGCUCCGAAUGAGUUUCUGUGUCCAAUCACCACAGAGUUGAUGAAGGAUCCAGUCAUAGCUGCAGAUGGGUACUCCUACGAACGAGAAUCUAUUGAGAGAUGGAUCGGAGGCAAGAACAAAACAAGCCCAAUGACCAACCUGCCCCUCCAGACGACUCUGCUGACCCCCAACAGGUCCCUGAAGAUGGCAAUAACCCGCUGGAAGUCCAGUCAGUAAACCAGCAGCUCAUUUUACAUUUUCUAAAAUGCCACAGGUACUUAAACUACUGUAAUUGCCAGAAAGGUAAUAAGUGUUCUCAUUACUGAGUCAGUUUGCUGCUUUGUUGAGUUUCACUUCAGAAACUGAUAUAGAUAAUUACCAGAUUUAUUUCAAAUAUAUUAAUCAGUCAGCUUGUUUUUUGUGUUAUAUCGUAGAGCUUUCAAUGUUACAAUAUGAUUCUAAUGAUAAUUUAUUGAAUUCAGCGCCUUGAAUGUUUAUUAGAACUUUGAUCAAAAUGAGAAAACAGUUUAUUACCGGAAUUUAAUUCCAAGAGUGAAUGUGUUAAUUUUGUCUACAAUGGAUUAUAGCAAAUAAAACCUCCAAAAUAAAGAAAAUCAGAAUACUUCAGAGCACCAAUAACAAAAUAGUUUUUUAAUGUAGAUUUAUUAGCCUACUAAAAUGCGUACAAUACUUGGCUAGGGUUUCUGUUGCAUGAAUUACUGCUUCAAUGUUGUGCGGCAUGAAGUCAUUCAGGUUGUCUAGAUGCUAGAAUAUUAAGAAAACCAAGUUGUUUUAACAGUGACCUUAAUUUUCAAAUGAGGCGCAACAAUUACUGACAUGCGAAAAUAAAACUUUGGACCACUGAGCAGCAGUGCUGUCCGUUUUUCUCACUCUUAAAGUUGUUCCAGGUUUAACAGUGGCUUAUUGCAAGGAAUGUGACACUGGUAGUUCCCCUCUGCACUUCUAUGGCUCUGGGUACUUCAAACAAGCUUUUCUGCUUAAUGUUCUUUUCUUGCAUGUCUUUUUCCAUGCACUUUCCAUCCACAUGUUUAGAUACAGCACUCUAUGAAAAGCCAUAUUUGUUAGCCUUUUAUAUGAAUGUCUGCUAGACAAACAUCACAUCAGGAAUAGCUUCAAUUCUGUUGGCCAUUUGUGCGUUCAAAAUUCUUGUUUGCCAUGUUCAAAAUUUUUGAGAAACUGAAUUUAGUUUUUUCUCAACCAAUUCUUAAUCAUCAACUAACAGCAAUAAACUAUGUUAUUUUAUAGGGAAGCUAUACAAUUGUAGUUUGACUUUUGUGCUGAAUUAUGGAAAUACAUUUACACUGGCAGUAGUGCUCUUAAACAGUGAAAUAGAAGUUUAAAGAUGCAUGCACUUUUGUUUCUUACUAUCUGAAGUUAAAUCGGAUCAAACUUCUCUUGUUUUUAGCUUUGAAUCGCCAGAAAGCUUCUGAACAUUUUUUCUUAAGAGAAGUUGUAACUGAAUUCAUAAGUUUAAUUUCAGUGAGAAAAAAUGUCUCAACAGUGCAUGUAAAAUUCUGGUUUUAAUUUAAUUUUGCAUGCAGUUGAAACCAGAAUUUGUUUCUUAUGCACAAUUUAUUGUGCGUAUGAAAACGACAACUCACAAGAUGGCUUGUAGUCAACCUGCAGUUACCUUGUGUUGCCAAAGAUGGUGCUCUGCAUUGUAAGAUUGUCCUUUUUUAAAAUCUGUUUAAUUACCUUCAGCAGACUUAAUAGUUGUAUAUUUAGACAUUUUAAAUACUGCAGUAAUAAUGUGUAUGUAUUUAAGACAAAAACCCAGGAGACAGAUUAGUCUUUUUUUGUUUAUUUUUUUUCCUCUCAGUGGGUCUUUAUUUCACUCUCGCAUGGUGGCAGUAAUUUUCAUUACAGUAUGUGAUCACGGCUAAUAAAGCUCACAAUACUGAAAACAUGGUAACAACUGCAUUUAAUGUACAUCAUAAAAUAAAGCUAAUGGCACCGAGCCCCCAAACCACCUCUUUUUUUUUUAUAUUCCUGUUUUUCUGUUAUAUAAACUGCAACUGUAGCAUGCGUUGAAUUCUCAUUACUGAGAGUCAAAUGCCUUUGUAGCUGUGCAAAAAUAACUAUAUAAAAUAUAUUGCUUUUACAAUUAACCAAGCCAUUGGCACUGUGAAUAAAUUAACUAGACAGCAACAACAAGCAGAUACAGAAAUGAUUCAGUGUUAAUGAUGGCUUAUGCAAUGUACAAAUUUAUAUUCAACACCAUUUCAACAACAUUGUGCCUAAAACUCAAAA